AUGCUCCUCGACGAAAGCCCCGCCACUCUGAUCCACCACACAAUCGGCAACUUCAACAUCCACCCCGACAAACAAGCCGUCACGCGCAUCAAUGACUCGCUCGCCACCCUCCAGCAGUCGCGCGACCUGCGCAUGCGCGAAGCCGAAACCUCCAUGAAGAAACUGUCGCGUCACCUCCACUCACUGAACGCGCAGCACGAGGAGGCCGUCGCGGUGCACGACGCCGGCAAACACGCCGCCGAGAUGGUCGAGCUGGACACGAAGAAGUUCCGCAUCGCGAAGGCCGCCACAGAGUUGGAGAUUGAGAGCGAGAGGCUGGAGAGCGAGCUGGAGAUGCUGAAGGAGCGGUUGGCGGAUCUGGAGGCCCAGGGAUUGGAGGGCGACGAGGGGACGAGGCGGGAGAGAGAGAUGGACGAUGCGACGAUUCUGCGAUUGAAAAUCUACCGGUCGCUCGGAGUGGAUAUCGAGGCCGACAAUGCGGGCACUUUCAACAAGGCGGUCAUUCGCAACAGUCGCAAGGGCGAUGUGCACGUUGUCAACAUCGAUCCGAAGUUCUCGCGCUUCUUCUACUCGAAUUAUUUCUGGUCGACCAUGCAGGGGUAG